CUGUCUGGUCAGGACAGUGGCCAGUGGCAUGGGCUGCCUAUGGGCACUGCCCUCAGCCAUAUGGGGGCUGGGAGGGGCCCUGGGGGAGUUGCUGCCUGGCAGGCCCAGCCUGCUCUGAGCCCUGGGACCGGCCUGGUAGCUGCUCCUGCUGUUAGCCCUGGGCGGGCCAGAGGGGGCUCCCUGAGGAGCUCUGGGCUCUAAGUCCCAGCCCCUCUUGGAGGAGGCGGGCGGCUAAGGCUCAGCAACCAGAGGCUUCUCAGCUCUGAAGCCAGAUGUAACAUUGACCUUAAAUGGUAAAAGCUCCCCAGAGUGAAGAGAGGCUGGCCAGAGGAGGAAAGGGGACUAACUCAGUUUUAGCCUGCGGAGCCCAGGCCUCUUGGAGCAUCUUUGGGGCUGACGCAGAGGAAGUUCCAGGCACACGUGGCCACUCCCGCCAGGAGGCUGCCAUGCCCCACAUUCCUGAGGAUGAGGAGCCCCCCGGAGAGCCACAGGCAGCCCAGAGCCCUGCCAGCCAAGGCCCUCCCACUGCAGGAAUACGUUGCAGUCCACCCACCAUUGUCCUGAGUGGGGAUGUCAGUUCACUGGAAGGAGAAACUGACAAAAACCUGGCCAACAGAGCUCACAGUCCCCACAAGCGGAUUUCUCACCGACAUUUGAAGGUCUCCACUACUUCACUGACUUCUGUAGAUCCUUUGGGCCAUGUCAUUGACCUGGUAAAAGACCAGCUACCAGACAUCAGCAUCUCAGAGGAGGACAAGCAGAAAAACCUGGCGCUGCUGAAAGAAGCCAAGUCAGUGAGUGAGCGAUUCCUUACCCGCCGUGGGAGGAAGUCCAGGAGUGGCCCCGGAGACUCUCCAUCAGCUGUUUGCCCGAACCUCAGCCCCGGAUCUUCUGCACCCUCUCAGAGCAACUCACUCACCAUCCCUACACCACCCGGUUUGGAUGCAUGCAGUGGCCCACAGUCCUCUCUCCCUGGAGCCCCACCACAGCAGAAGGGGGAUGAGGCCGAAGUCCCUUCACUUCACCUUGGCGAGACUAAUGUCCCCAAAGGGCUAACUGACUGGAAACAGAAUGACCAGAGGAAAGUGUCUCAGGGCAGGUUGACUCCUCGGUCUCCCACAGUUGAGAAGUCCAAAGAGAUUUCAAUAGAACAAAAGGAAAACUUCGAUCCCCUUCAGAUCCCUGAGGCCACAUCCAAGGACCCAGCUUCUGGCACAAGCAGUGGUGGAAAAAUGGCCCUGAACAGCCCUCAACCAGGCCCUGCAGAGAAAGAGCUGGGGAAGCCACUUCUGAAGACAGGCAGGGAGGGCAACCCUUUGCCGAGAAGUCCAGACCUGGGCUCUGGAGGGGCGGCUCCCCCGGCCCCCCAGGGAAAAGGCACAGCUGGAGAACCAACAGGGUCCAGGGUUGGCUCCAAAGCUGAGCUUUGGCCCCCUGUGGCCCGGCCGCCCCUGCUUCGGGGGGUCUCCUGGGACAGUGGCCCUGAAGAACCUGGCCCCCGGCUGCAGAAAGUGCUUGCCAAGUUGCCACUGGCAGAGGAAGAGAAGUGUUUUUCAGGCAAAGCUAGCAGCAAGCUGGCCAAGGCACCUGGACUCAAAGACUUUCAGAUACAGGUGCAGCCAGUGCGGAUGCAGAAACUGACCAAGCUCCGAGAGGAGCAUAUCCUGAUAAGAAAUCAGAACUUAGUGGGGCUCAAGCUUCCAGACCUUAGUGAAGCAGCUGAGCAGGAAAAAGGGCUCCCUUCUGAACUCACACCAGCUACUGAGGAAGAAGAGUCAAAAAGUGGCUUGGACGUGAUGCCCAAUAUUUCUGAUGUGCUGCUGCGAAAACUGCGGGUUCACAAGUCUCUCCCUGGAAGUGCCCCUCCACUCACUGAAAAGGAAGUUGAGAACGUGUUUGUACAACUGUCCUUGGCCUUUAGAAAUGACAGUUAUACCCUGGAAUCUAGAAUUAACCAGGCUGAAAGGGAACGCAACCUGACAGAGGAGAACACAGAAAAGGAACUGGAAAACUUCAAAGCUUCCAUUACGUCCUCAGCUUCACUCUGGCACCACUGUGAGCACCGAGAGACCUACCAGAAGCUGCUGGAGGACAUUUCUGUCUUGCACCGCCUGUCUGCCCGCCUCUCCAGCCGAGCUGAGAUGGUUGGGGCUGUCCGCCAGGAGAAGCGCAUGUCAAAGGCAACAGAGGUGAUGAUGCAGUAUGUGGAGAAUCUGAAGAGGACAUAUGAGAAAGACCAUGCAGAGCUCAUGGAGUUUAAAAAACUUGCAAAUCAGAAUUCAAGUCGUACCUGUGGCCCCUCUGAAGACGGGGUCCCUCGCACAGUGCGGUCCAUGUCCCUCACUAUGGCAAAGAACAUGCCCCGCCGAAGGGUCAGCGUUGCUGUGGUUCCCAAAUUUAAUGCCCUGAACCUGCCCAGCCAGUCUCCCAGCUCAACACCCAUUUCUUCCUUACCAGCCCUGUCGGAAUCACACAAUGGGAAAGGCAACCUACCUGCCACCUCUGCACUGCCUGCACUUUUGGAAAAUGGAAAGACAAAUGGGGACCCAGAUUGUGAAGCUUCUGCUCCCAUGCCAACUUCAAGCUGCCUGGAGGAGAUUAGCCAGAAGACCAAGGCCAGGAUGGAGGAAGAAGCAUACAAUAAGGGAUACCAGGAAGGUCUAAAGAAGACCAAAGAGCUUCAGGACCUGAAGGAAGAGGAGGAAGAACGAAAGAGUGAGAAUCCUGAGGAGCCUGAAGAGACAGAACUUGAGGAAGAUGAAAAAGAUGGGAGAAGGAGCAAAUUUGAAGAAUUGGUUCAUUUCUUACAAGUCAUGUAUCCCAAACUGUGUCAGCACUGGCAAGUCAUCUGGAUGAUGGCCACAGCUAUACUGGUCUUGACUGUUGUGCUGGGGCUCUACAAGUCCUAUAACUCUUGUGUGGAGCAAGCAGAUGGGUCCCUUGGGAGAUCCACUUGCUCAGCAGCCCAGAGGGACUCCUGGUGGAGCUCAGGACUCCAGCAUGAGCAGCCCACAGAGCAGUAGGAAAUCCGAUACCCAGCUGGUGCCCUCCUCCAGCACACAGCUGACUGCCCUUUUCCCAAGCAUAGUGUGUCAAGCCAGGCAUGGGCACACUACCGCCUGCCCAUCAGGAAAUAAGCAGGGGUUCUUUCGCACUUGGCACCCCUGUGUGAGCUAUUCAUACACAGUAACUGAUGUUCUUGGAGGAUUAACAAAACUGCCCUGGGAAAGCAUCUGCUGGAUGAAGAAGUCACCUUCCCCAAGGAACUCUAAUGAAAGGGAAGGUCGCCUGCCCCUAGCUCAGGUGGCCAGGAGAAAUAAGACACCUUCACUGCUGGGACAGUAAGAAACACUCUCCUCUUUUUCCUCUCAGCAACUGAAAAUCAGGAAGAAUUGUGCCCAAAGGCUAAUUCUGCCCCCAAGGAUCAGACCUGGAAUUUGGAGUUGCAACAUGAAUAUCUUCCCAUUUCCCAUCUCAUUCUCACUGACUCUCCUUCAGCCUCCCCCUCUCCCCUUUGGAAUCAAAGUUUCUCUUUAUAGAAGUAGUAAAGGUUUCUAGAAAAA